AUGCGACAGUUAACGUCAACGUCGCAUUCCCAUGGCCGCGGCUGUGGAUGCCGGCGGACUCUCCAGCCCAUGUCGACCACCUACACCAUCAGCGAUCUUGCCAAGGAGUUCGAUCUCACGACCCGGGCCAUCCGCUUCUAUGAGGACAUGGGCCUGCUUGAGCCCGAGCGUGCCGGGCCUGGCGGACGCAAUCGCGUCUACAGCGCGCGUGAUCGCACACGUCUUCGCCUGACCUUGCGGGCCAAGCGGCUGGGACUCCCCCGUGACACGGGCGUGCAACUGCGCAAAUUCCUGGAGGUGCUGGCUGUGCACCGCGCGCCAGCUCGAAGACCGCCUGGCCGAUCUGCAGGCCAACCUGGCCGAGGUGCGAGAGCAGGAAUCCGAGGCCCGCACUUUGUUGAAACACCUGGAUGGGAAAAAUGCUUCAUAAUUGACGUUUACGUAAACGUAAUUUGUGAGGCUUGCCUUGACCGUGCUCCGCCUGGAACCUGCCAACAGCGACUUUGCCCGCCGUGUGCGAGACAGUUUUUGCACGCCAGGGCGCGAUGCACACCCUGGGGCGCCGAGCUGUCCUUGGCUGGAGCCCGGUGCCGUCGAUGUCUGCCUGGACUGGGCGCCCGGCUGACGCAGCAGCAUGGUUUUUUGCAUGCCGGCAUGGUUUCCGCGGCGCUGGAUUCCGCCUGCGGCUACGCAGGGCUGACCCUGAUGCCGGCAGAUGCUGCCGUGCUCACCAUUGAAUUCAAGAUCAACUUGCUGGCCCCUGCCAAGGGCCAGCCGCUUUCGCAUGGAAGGCCGGCCGCGAUCUGGCCGAUUGAGCCGGGCGGCGUUCUUUCCCCCAAUUUCCACAGGAGACAUGAGAUGAGCCUUUCCAACCUGCCGGGCCUGAACUUCCAACUGGGCGAGGACAUCGACGCGCUGCGCGAUGCCGUGCGCGAGUUCGCACAGGCCGAGAUUGCACCGCGCGCCGGCGAGAUCGACCGCGACGACCAGUUCCCCAUGGACCUGUGGCGCAAGUUCGGCGACCUGGGCGUGCUGGGCAUCACCGUGUCCGAGCAGUACGGCGGUGCCGACAUGGGCUACCUGGCCCACAUGGUGGCGAUGGAGGAAAUCUCGCGUGCCAGCGCAUCGGUGGGCCUGUCCUACGGCGCGCACAGCAAUCUCUGCGUGAACCAGAUCAACCGCAACGGCAAUGAAGCGCAAAAGGCCAAGUACCUGCCCAAGCUGAUCAGCGGCGAGCAUGUGGGCGCGCUGGCCAUGAGCGAGCCCGGCGCCGGCUCGGACGUGAUCAGCAUGAAGCUCAGGGCCGAGGACAAGG